AUGGACAGUAUCAAAGUUCCGGUCGACCCACAGUCGCCCAUCACCUCUAUCGAACACUCCGAAACCCACUAUUCGAGUGAUUCUGCAGUAACCGCCACCCAAGGUCGUGGGUUACAACGUGGCUUAAAAGCCCGUCAUAUUCAAAUGAUCGCUUUGGGCGGCACGAUCGGAACUGGUCUGUUUGUGGCGUCGGGCAAAGCCAUUUCAGAAGGUGGUCCCGGUGGCGCUUUGGUAGCCUAUGCUAUCGUUGGUGUUCUCGUUUUCUGUGUCAUGAUGAGUUUAGGUGAAAUGUCGGCUUACGUUCCUGUCUCCGGCAGUUUCAGUCACUUUGCUACCCGAUUUGCAGACCCGUCUCUCGGUUUCAUGGUCGGUUGGAUCUAUUGGGCCAACUGGGCUAUCGGUGUCGCUGUCGAAUUAACCGGUGUAGCUCUCAUCAUGGAGUUCUGGGUACAAAAUAUCCCCAGUGUCGUGUGGAGUAUUAUCUGUCUUGUCAUCCUACUGGCCAUCAAUGUCUUUUCCGUCAAAGGCUACGGUGAAAUCGAAUACUGGUUCUCUAUGGUGAAGAUCUUGACCGUGAUCGCGUUUGUCAUUGUCGGUAUCUGUGUCGAUACAGGUGCGGCCGGUGGUCAUUACAUUGGUGGUAGCAAUUUUCAUUUACCUGGUGGCGCGUUUCCCAACGGAUUCCUCGGUGUCUUUAAUGUCUUUGUCACUGCCGCCUUCUCGUUCAACGGUGUGGAAAUUGUCGGUAUUGCUGCCGGUGAAUCGGCCAAUCCUCACAAAACGGUGCCUUCGGCUGUCAAGCAAGUCUUUGUACGCAUUGUCUUGUUUUACAUUCUGUCCAUCCUUAUCAUCGGUUUGGUCAUUCCUUACACCAACGAAGAUCUUCUUAAAGCGUCGUCUUCCAACAUUGCCGUCAGUCCAUUCACAUUGGUCUUUCGUGCGGCCGGAGCGGCGUGGGCCGCCGAUUUGAUGAAUGCCAUUAUUCUGAUCACCAUGAUUUCCGCUGGUAAUUCUGGUGUCUAUUCGUCAAGCCGUACCUUGCUGGCAUUGGCUGAAGAUGGCUAUGCUCCUCGCUUUUUCAAGCGCGUCAACCGUUGGGGUAUCCCCAUCUGGUCCGUUUUGGCGACAUGUCUGGUUGGUUGUCUUGCUUUCUUGACAAGCUUGUUCGGUUCCGGCGUGGUGUUCAACUGGUUGACCAGUAUCACUUCGUUGGCCGGUCUCAUUACCUGGAUUUCUAUUGCUAUCACCCACGUUCGUUUCCGAAUGGGCUAUAAAGCACAAGGCCGUCCCAUGAAGAAUCUUCCCUACAAAGCUCCUUUCUUCCCUUUGACGGAUGCUUUCGUCAUUGUGAUUGGUGCCAUUGUGGUGUGUGGUCAAGGUUAUCAGACAUUCUAUGCUCCGAUCGAUGCCAAGAACGUCGUGGCUUCUUACAUUUGCCUUAUUGUUGCCGUGGCGCUUUACGUGGGUCACAAGAUCUUCCGCCGUCCUGCUUUUGUCAAGAAAUGCGACAUGGACUUUGAUACCGGCACUUGGAAAGAACCCGUCUUUGAUACAGGCGUUGAUGAUGAAAAAUACAAUGCUGACGGUACUCUGAAGCCUUGGUGGAAACGUUGGGGUAUCAAAUUUAUCAAUAUCAUUGCAUAA